GCGGGUGAGAGUCCCGCAGAAGGAGCGUUUCAAUCCCAACAUGAAUUCCACCCGCAAUCUCUGACCGACAGCAACACUAGCCAUUUAAGCAGACAUCACGGCGCCUCGCGCAAGCGGAUACUUUCCUGAAGUCUUUGCCAUCAAGAGUCUGUUUGUUUUCCACGGAUACCCUUAACGUCUUCCUCGUGACUUCAGCAUCGCCACGGAACGGGAUGAGGCGGUAAAUGUAGCGUUUCGCAUCGUUUCGCUCUGGUUGAAGCCGCAGGAGUAUGUGAUCAUGUUGGCGACGCGCUGCCUCCUCCUGUGGGCUGCGGUCACCGCGCGACUCGCCGUGACAGGCUGGGGCAGCAGCAUCAAGCGGGACGGAGCGGAACGGGGAAGCGAACAGAACGCGUAUUCGGAGGAGCUCACGCAGCCUCAGCGGCUGCUGCAGCGGUCUGACGCGGAGGAGGAGCUGCCACACGGGCACUUGGGUACUCUAGUAAAGAUUGAUGCUGAUGGAGCGCAUCUAUACCUGCCGAGUCUGAAUUUCUGUACGAGUAUUAGGCCUACUGCAUCUGAUGAAAACUUCUUGAGUGUUAGGCCCAUUCAUUUGGCUCAGAUCUCAUUCCAGGUGACGGCGUUUGGAAUCCCAUUUGUUCUAGACCUGGAGCUCAAUCAUGAUCUCUUGUCGUCUAACUAUGUUGAACGGCACUUCGACGAGGAUGGGCGGCCUUUUCAAAGUCUGGGAGGAGAGCACUGUUACUAUCACGGUCACGUGAGAGGAGUUCAGAGGUCAUGGGCAGCUCUCUCCACCUGUCAUGGCCUACAAGGGAUGUUCUCAGAUGGCAACUUUUCAUACGGCAUUGAGCCCUUGCACAACAGCAGUGAUCAGUGAUGCUUUUGUGUUGGAAGACUAGCAGGCAUAUCAGGUGGACGGUAUAUGAGCAGAGAUGUGACGCUUGUAUUUUGGUUAAAACACCCUUGUUUAAUUAUCUGUUUGGCCUUUCAGCUGUGAUGCUGUUUGAAUUGUUGUUUUUAGGCAGGACUACUUUUUCAAGAUGGAGCAAUAAAGAGCACUGCAAAGUUGAAUUUUUGUAGGGCAACCUGGAAGUUAGCAUUCCCCUGGUUCCCUCAACAAAAACCCAGUAUUAUUUUAACUCUGGCCUUUGGAUUAUUGCAGAAAAUAAACUCUGUGACCAAGUGUAUGAUUCUCUUAAUGAUGAUAAUCAGAAAAACAAUUUAAAACAUUUUUAUGGAAAAUUACUAAAUGCAGGCUAUAAACAAACUACACCAUAGUCAUAUGAUUUCAACAUCACCAUCACUAGGCUUCUGACAACUUUUAUAUAUAUAUUACGUAAUUUAAAAUACUUAUUUUGUGGUAUUGAUUAAAUAUCAAAAGAUCCUGAGCUUUACCUUAUUUCAGACAUUUAACCAAAAACCCAUUGACUGUAUGAUGAUGGAACGGGAAAAUGAACUUGUUUUCCAGUUUUGGUCUACAAAAAUUUAUGUUGGAAGAGUUUGUUCAAAGACAAACAGAGCUGCUGCAAAAGUAACCAAAUUUAUUUUAAGCAUUGUUGAACAUGAAUCAUUUUGAUGUCUUUUAUUUGCAUAAAUUGAAUUACCUUAGAAUUACCGUGACACGAGUCAUGAUGCAUUGACAGUAGCAUGCCGAAGGUGUUCAGAUGAUAAAAUGCAGAAGUAUUUACUCUCCCUUCCAUUGAUUAAAGUAUCUUUUGUUCUGGGUUUUUUUUUUCACCUCGUUUAUCUGUAUGUGUUAUCUGUUUCUUAUUCACUCUCUCUUCACUCCUCUUUCGCUUUUCUUAAAUGGGUCAUUUUCAUAAAGUAUUUAAAGCCACAUGUAAAGUGUCUCUUUCUGUCUGGGUAGAUGGGAGAUUAAUAAUGGAUUGUUGUGUAAUAGCCUUACAAUGCAGAGCCCAGUACAUCAGUGAGCGUUUCAUCUGCAAGAAAAUGUUACCCAACAACAGGAGACAGUUCAGCCAUAGAUGAGCAGAUUUUCAUAAUUAUCAACACAAUUUUCAUACAAUCUUGGUGCCAAAAUAUAUGUACCAAACAACAGGCCUUACAGCAUGAAUUUUCUGGAUGACUUCCUCAGAGCUAGUUAAGGGUGUGGCCUACUUUUCUCAAAAGAAAAAAAGAAAAAUAUAUUUGUUUGAAAAGGCAUGUAAAAAUUAUUGCUGAUCAAAUAACAGCUGGUGCUUUAUAUGUGGAAAUACAUUUUGUAUGACCUCUUUCUUCAGUACAGCCUGCUUUAAAAAAUAAAUAAAGUAUAUUUCAAAA